GACAAUUUGUCAUUCGUUUUGUGUUGCAGUUCGUUCGUGCUACGAAAAUAGCAUUUCCGUUUUAUAAACGUAAAUUCUUCGCACGCCGUCUUAAUAUCAAGAUUCACCUUUCUUGAAUUAAAAUGCCGGAAAGUCAGAAUCUUGUGCAGUGUUAUAACCGUGGUUGCGGUCAACUCUUCGACCCCAACCAAAACGACAAAGAUGAAUGCCGUCAUCAUCCGGGUAGUCCAGUGUUUCAUGAUGCAUAUAAGGGUUGGUCAUGUUGUAACAAGAAGAGUGUAGAUUUUACAGAAUUUCUAAAUAUUAAAGGAUGUACAGUGUCGAAGCAUUCUAAUGUGAAACCUCCCGAACCGGAAAAAAAGGCUUUGGACAAAGAUUUGGAUAAAAAGGAAGUGAUAGAAGUGAGAGCUCCAGUAGUUGGUCCACAACUGCCAAGACCUCCUUUUGACACACCCUUGGUUACACUGAAACCUACAGUUGCUGAGGCUCUGAAACAAGCUGUACAAAAUACAUCACAACCCACCGCUUCCACUGAUGAUGGAGUUGUAGCUAUCGGCACAGCUUGCAAGAAUGGAGGUUGUGGUAUUACUUAUGAAGGUCCACACACAAAUGACAGCAUGUGCACUUACCAUCCUGGCUGUCCAGUCUUCCAUGAAGGUUUGAAAUUCUGGUCCUGCUGUCAAAAGAGAACUACAGACUUCAACACCUUCCUCAGUCAGCCUGGGUGCACCACUGGCACUCAUAAAUGGACUAAAGAGGGUACACCAGCUGGAACAGUCAAGUGUCGAUGGGAUUGGCAUCAAACACCUGACUAUGUUAUUGUAAGUGUGUAUGCCAAGAAAUAUGAUCCAGUGUUAAGUUUUGUUAAACUGAACCCUAUUCGUCUGAACACAAAGUUGGUAUUCCGAGAGCAAGGUGAUGCAUCAUUUGACUUAGAUCUGGAGCUUAGAGGUGUUAUUAGUGUGGAAAAUAGCAGUGCAUCAAUGUUGUCAACAAAGAUAGAGAUCAAACUGAAAAAGGGUGAACCAGGUGCGUGGAGUAAAUUGGACUUCCCUCGCACAGAGCCGAAGAAAGUGGAGGAAAAGCCACAAGAUGUCAAACCUGCAGAAGAUGACUAUGAAGACUUGUCCACUGUUGAAGCAGUACAAUCUAUGGGGAAAGUCAAUGUGUCUGGUUGAUUAAUUAGUUAAUAUAAAUAUAGUAAAUUUCUAUUUGACUAUAUUCUUUUUUAAUAAAGCACAAUGUUCAUCUAGGUAAUUAAUUGUAUAUGAGUGCUCCCCUAGUAGAUGUGCAUUUAUUUUCUGAAUGAAAUAAAUUGUGCUUUUACUAC